CCCCAACCAGUCGCUGCUAUCUGUAGCCUAAUGAUGCAGGACAACAACAGUGCUGUGCUUUAGCUGGGACACUUGACUCGAUCUGCGGGGCUUUGGACAGUCAGUCGACAAGACAUCGCUCCGGCUACACGCACCUGCGACAGGUGGCAUAAACUCCGUUUUAAACAUUCACAAAAGGUCUACGAAGCACUGAUGUAGGCUCCCGGUGGGUACGGAAUGGACCAAGACCAUGGCGAAUUGUAAUCCACUUAGAUCACCGUCCUCCACCCUCAGUGAGGUCAACCUGGGACCUUCAGCAAACCCACAUGCCAAGCCCACUGACUUUGACUUCUUGGCUGUUAUUGGAAAAGGGACCUUUGGGAAGGUCCUGCUCGCCAAGCUCAAAGCUGACAAUAAAUUCUAUGCUGUCAAAGUUCUACAGAAGAAAGUCAUCCUGAAGAAAAAGGAGCAAAAGAACAUCAUGGCAGAGAGGAACGUGCUGCUGAAGAGCCUGAAGCACCCUUUCCUGGUGGGCCUCCACUACUCCUUCCAGACCCCAGAGAAGCUCUACUUUGUCCUCGACUAUGUCAACGGGGGAGAGCUCUUCUUCCACCUGCAGAGGGAGCGGUGCUUCUUGGAGCCGAGGGCUAGGUUCUAUGCUGCUGAGGUAGCCAGUGCCAUCGGCUACCUUCACUCCCUCAACAUCGUUUACAGAGAUCUAAAGCCAGAGAAUAUUCUCUUAGACUUUCAGGGCCAUGUGGUACUUACAGACUUUGGGCUGUGUAAAGAGGGAGUGGAGCCGGAGACCACCACGUCCACUUUCUGUGGAACCCCUGAGUAUUUGGCCCCUGAGGUUCUGCGUAAGGAGCCCUAUGACCGCACAGUGGAUUGGUGGUGUCUGGGAGCUGUGCUCUAUGAGAUGAUCUACAGUCUUCCCCCGUUCUACAGCCGGGACGUGUCUGAGAUGUACGAUGGCAUCCUACACAAGCCUCUGCCGCUGCCCCCAGGGAAGUCAGGCGCUGUCUGUAGUCUGCUCCAGGGCCUCCUGCAGAAAGAUCAGCACCGCAGGUUGGGAGCCAUCGCUGACUUUCUACAAAUCAAGAACCAUGUGUUCUUCUCCCCGAUUAACUGGGAUGACCUGUACCACAAGAGAAUCACUCCUCCAUACAACCCCAAUGUGAAAGGGCCAGCGGACACACAGCACAUAGACCCAGAGUUCACCAGAGAGAUGGUGCCUAACUCAGUGGGCCGCACUCCUGAGCUCAACACCGGCACCAGCAGCUCCAAUGCAUUCAAUGGCUUCUCCUACAUCUCUGGUGAAGACAGCUUCCUCUGAGACAGGGAGGAAGGUCCCUCACAGCACCACCACUGCCGAGGUCGAGGUAGAAGUUACCCGUAACCACAUAUCUACAAUUCCAUUCCUUAACCCCAAAUCCUAACCUUAACCUUUAAGUCAGGAGGAUAAAAAAUAUAUUUUACCCUGGAUUCAGCAGUUAGUGGCAACCUCUAUCAACUUCAUUGGCCGCAGCCAUAGAAAUUUAGCACAUUGAACAUCAUGCAUUUUUGUGUAGGUGACGCAAGAAAGAGAUGUUGUAAGAAAACAUUUAAAUGCAUCACCCAAUUGUUGCUUUUGCUGUAGGUGACUGCACUAUGCAUUCUAUUUAUAUGUCCUCGUCUCUGCUUGAAUUCUCAUUUCAGGACAAAGUCUUUUGGCACAUCCAAUCGUGCUGGACUUUUUAUUUGCUAGCAGACAUUAGAUGUUGAUUUAAUUCUCCUUUCACUACAAUGUAAAGUCAACAGUGUGACUACAUAAAGGACAUGUAAAUACAGUACACAUCCCUAGAUGCUAUGUGUAGAAGGUAAAGCAUCAGGUUCUAUGGAAAGUUGUGGUGUGUGGAUUAAGAUGGUCUGAUUAUCUAGACAUCACUAGAACAGGCAGACACAAAUAAUGUGUGUGAAACUCUAGUCGAAACCAUAUUUCUGCUCUUUAAGUGCUGUUUUUAAUACAAACACUGUCGACUUUCCAAACAUUUCUUGUUUUUAAUGAAACAUAUUAUAUUGAGUAUAUAUAUUGAUAUUAUCACUGAGUUUUUGUAGAUUAGAGUACAUAGAGGCUUGACUGGAAUAUUGCGUCCAGGAAUGCUUAACAGCAACAUAAACCUAUGCCAGAUUCUUCUUACAGCUGUAAAGGUGCGUGCCAUGGUGCUAUUAACCUUGUGGAACAAAACAUGUGAUUGUGUCAACACAACAGGUGACAUUAAAGACUGUUGACAUGCCAGCACCAUGUUAAAGAUGACUGAUGCUCAAUGAAGCACAGUUACAAGUAUGUGUACAUAACUUUACAAUAAAUCACUACCCUACC